CAAGGCUUAUCUAAUACCGCAAAGGCAAUACUUUUUAUCAUCAACAUAAUAAUGGGCAAGUUUCAAUUUGUCUAGAUGCCGCCAUGAUAAAGCAAGUGGUCCAAACCUUCCCAUCUUCAUUUCUUUUCUUUCUCUCUUUCCUUAUCAUUCAUUUUAUUUAUUCAAUCAUUAAUCAUGGCACAAAACAAACUUUCAUCGCCCAACGAAAUUAUUCGAAAAGUGUUUGGAUUUCUUCGUGGACACAAGUCCAAAUCGGCAAGGAAGUCAGUUGGUGCUGCUCCUGAGACUACCCGUGAGGCGGCCCCUGCUUCCUCGGCUACCAAGACCACCACAGCGCCAGCACAGACCACUGCCGCUGCUCCUGUUGCACCCGUAGAACAGAAACCCAAGAAUGACAUUCAGACUCCCUCUCAAAGGACCAAUGCCGACGGUAGCAUCUUUACCGAACAGAGUGCGCCAACGACCGCUCCUUCUGAAGUCGACGAUUCCGCUUCCCACAGAUCAUCUGUGCACGAUAAGCCAUUGCCGGUCCCCGAUACUAAAGUAUCCGAACCCGUCGUUGCCGCAUCCAGCAAGCCAAUUGCCAGUCAACCGAGUGGAUCUACCAACGUCGGCACCACGCAACCGGUCGUUACUGAUGCUACCCCCGAAACCAAUCAAGCGCCGGUGAAAUCCGCAAAGCAGUCGCAAGGUGAACCUCACUUGUUUAAAUGGGUUCACGGUGGAAAGGAGGUGUACUUGACGGGCAGCUUCGACAAUUGGGCAGUUUCUAUUCCCAUGGAACGUAGUCAAGAAGACCCUAAUAUUUUCCAGGCUCAAGUGUCGAUCGAUGAGACUUCGCCUGUAUCAUUCAAGUUUGUGGUGGAUGGUGAAUGGCGAUUCGCCGAGGAUUUGCCCCAUGAGACCGAUGCCGCGGGCAAUGUGAACAACGUAGUGCGUUCUGUAACGUUGUAAACUCUAUCUGAUGUUCUUUUUGCUUCCCUCAUGAAGAAUCGUAUUGUUUCCAAUUGUCGAUUCAAAUUUUUUUUUUUUAAUUUUUCUGUCUCAACUUUUACCACUUACUUACGCUUGUGUUAACAUAUUUGUAUAUUCAUACUAUUAUUCUUAUUUC